GAAUGUAUAAAACGUAAUAUUCAAGGAACUGUGAACUCCCUUUCCCCCCCUUCUCAAAAAAAAAAAAGUUUUGCAAUUGCGAAGGCACCCACAUCAUGUUUUCUCCCCGGGGAUGCACGCAAAAUGUUUUUUAAUUUUCCAAGCGUUUUUUCCCUUUCCGUCAUGUAUAUUUACGUAUCUUUUUGUUAAACCUUAAGCGAAGGCAGCAGCACCAGAAGAAAUAAAAAACAAAAUAAAAGAGCAGAGCAGCGCGACGCAAAACAAACACGCCCUUUUAAAAUAUUUCAGUAGGAAGAUAUUUUUCUCGUCCGAUUUGUUUUUCGUCUUGGUCUUUCUGUUCGCAUUUUAUUUCCACUUUCACGCUGCGUCUCCGUUCCGAGUAUUUCCCGCAAAAUGCCGCUAAACGUACAGGGAGGAAAGAAGAAGCCGCUCAAGGCCGCCAAGAAGGGGCCCGUCGAAAUGACGGAAGAAGAAAAAGCUUUUAAAAAGGAGAUGGCCGAGAAGAAAAAAGCCGAAGAAGAAGCCAAACAGAAAUUGUUGAAGGCCAAAAAGAAGUAAACACCUGGCCGAAUCGCUACAUAGAACAAGCAAAAUGCUGAAGGAGAUCCGAACGAGUAGUGAAAUCCCUUGGAUCAUUCAACGGAGCCCUUUGUUCGGGGAGACAACACAGACGAGAAGCUGGUCAUACGAGAAGUCCUGCUUAAAGCACACCGAUUUGACGCCUUUUUUUUAAUUUUUUAAGUUUAACCGUAUCGUAAAAAAUGCGCAAAUGUGUGCACAACGCAUG